UUAAUUCUUAAAUCUUUAUCUCUUUUUUAUGUGUCAUCAAAUUGCUUCUUCUUUUUCAAGAACAUUACAUUUCUUGGAAUUCCUGAAGUUCAAUAUAUAAGUUGUUGCAAACUGGUUUUCAACAACUUGCCAUCUUUUAGAUUUCUGUUUUACGCCAUGGAUAUGAAUCAAGUUCGGCUUGGAAAUCAUGUAUGGGAAGUUGAAAUGGCGAAUAUGGAAGAGCAAAUCCUCCACGACCCGAUUUCUGGAUUCAAUUCGAUUUUUCCGAGCUAUAACUUCCCUCUUCAAACGCCGCAAAUCACUUCAUCGUCAGCCUCGAACCACCACUUGCCAUCUUCUAGCUUUUUCACUGAGCAGAUACAACACAGCAUGGAGGGACAACAACAGGAAGAAGAAGAAGAAGAAGAAGAGCCAGAAGAGGAGCUGGGUGCCAUGAAAGAGAUGAUGUAUAGAAUCGCUGCGAUGCAGCCGGUGGACAUCGACCCCUCCACCAUCCGGAAGCCCAAAAGGCGAAACAUCCGCAUCAGCGACGACCCCCAGAGCGUGGCAGCGCGUCACCGACGCGAAAGAAUCAGCGAAAAGAUCAGAAUUCUUCAGAGGCUUGUCCCCGGAGGCACCAGAAUGGACACAGCCUCCAUGCUCGACGAGGCCAUCCGCUAUGUCAAGUUCCUCAAGAGGCAGAUCCGUUUACUCAAGUCCAAUAAUCAACAAAACGCAUCAACACAGCAGCUUUGGCAUCCCAAAUUGACGCCGAAUAAUUCUCUCGCUUCAUCAACCACUGCAAUCUCACCAGAUCAUUACCAGGGCAUAACUUUCCAAGCCAGGGCAAAUAAUUUGUGCUUUAAUCACAAGGUAAUUAGCGAUUAAUUAGCAAAAUAAUCAGCUUAAGUAAAUGUACAUAUAAUAUUUUAGGGAGAGUUCAUGUGAAAGAAGGAAGAAAGUUGUUAGGAUAUUGUUGACUAAAGGGGCUUGAAGAAUAAUCAUAACGGAUAGCUUGAGUUACGUACAACCAUAUAUAAAAGAUAUUAUAUAAUUUUUAUAUUAUGAAUAAUUUUAUAAUAAGAUGGCCGGAAAGUUUGCUUGGAAGAGUAUCUUUUUCCGGGCAAAAAAACAGUGAGGUGAGAGGGAGCUAUUGAAUAACAAUAUUAUUGGCUUUUGCUUGAUUUGU